AUGUCUACGUUGCCCACUAAAGUCGAUAUUCUCAUCGUUGGUGCAGGUUUCAGUGGUCUCUACCAGCUCCACUACCUUCGGAAGCUUGGAUUCAACGUAAAGGUCUUCGAGGCAGGAGGGGGCAUUGGGGGCACCUGGUAUUGGAACUGUUACCCAGGGGCUCGCGUCGACUCCGAUGCAACUAAUUAUCAGCUUUCCAUCGACGGACUCUGGCAGAACUGGAGCUACUCGGAGUACUUCCCUAAUUGGAAGGAACUUCGGGAAUAUUUCGCUUACAUAGACCGUACACUCGACCUUGGCCGCGAUAUCUCUCUGAACACUCGCGUGGUCGCUGCUGAGUUCGACGAGGCUGCCGAUGAAUGGGUGGUCAAAACUGAGAAAGGCGACACGGUGCGGUGCCAAUUCUUAAGCUUUUGCACGGGCUUUGCCUCGAAGCCAUACACUCCAAAGAUCCAAGGACUGGAGACUUUUUGCGGGAUAAUCCAUCAUACAGGACUUUGGCCUCAGGAGGGUGUCGAUCUGCGGGACAAACGGGUGGCGGUCAUUGGCACAGGGGCAAGCGGCGUACAGGUUGUUCAGGAAGCGGCCUCUCUUUCUCGGCAAGUCACCGUUUUCCAGCGCACGCCGUGUAUCGCCCUGCCUAUGGGUCAACGAGGGCUUGACGCCGAUGCGACAAGGAAACUGAAAGAAGGGCAGCUCGAAGCUUUCGAUUAUCGGAAAAAGACGUUCGCCGGCCACACUUACAGCUUCACUGACAGGCUCCCAUCCGAUUUCUCGCCGGAUGAACGGAAGAAGUUCUAUGAGCAGUUGUACUCGCGUGGCGGGUUCGUCCCACUGUUGUGUGGGUUCCGAGAGGUUUUCGCGGACGACGCCGCGAACGACUGGGUAUAUGCGUUCUGGAGGGACACAGUCAGAGCGCGUAUCAACGACCCGUGGCUGCAAGAAAAACUUGCUCCCGCUGUCAAACCACACCCUUACGCAGCCAAACGUCCGCCACUGGAACAGAAUUACUAUGACGUUUUCAACCAGUCGAACGUUAGCCUCAUCGACGUCAACGAAAACGACAUUACCCGAAUUACCCCGAAAGGCGUACAGACGGCGGACGGUGUUGAGCACGAAUUCGAUAUCAUCGUGUUGGCCACUGGCUUCGACGCCAUCACUGGUGGCAUGACUCAGAUCAACAUUCGUGGUACUGAAGGCGUGACCAUCUUCGAUAAAUGGACUACGUUUGCUAGCACGUAUCUCGGGUUGAUGACGACGAAUUUCCCGAAUAUGUUCUUCGUCUACGCGACUCAUGGCCCCACCGCGCUUAGCAAUGGUCCCACAGCUCUGGAAAUUCAAAGCGACUGGGUCAUUCAUUGUAUACAGUACAUGCGAGACCAGGGACUCUCCAGGAUUCACCCAAAGAAGGAAGCGGAAGAAAGAUACACGAAGCUCGUGAAUGACCUGGGGGAUAAAGGAAUGUGGCUGAAGGCCAAAUCGUGGUACACUGGGGCGAAUGUCCCGGGCAAGACAAUUCAGCACCUGAACUUUUCGGGCGGCGUGGGCAUGUAUGCAGACAUGUGCCGAGAGAACGAGGCGAAUGGAUAUGAAGGAUUUGAAUUGAGUAAGCAGAAGAAAUAA